AAUUUGUGAAUUCGAGAGAAGGAAGUACUAGGAAUAAAAUAGAGCAACCGACGUUAAUUUGUAAAUGUAGAGUAGUCCACACUCUUUUCUGCAGCAGUGUGAGUUGUGAGCGAGAGAUGGCAGCAGCGGAGGGCGCUGCGCCGACUCGGAUAAUGGUGGCGGUGAACGAAUCAACUAUCAAAGGUUAUCCCCACGCUUCCAUAAGCAGCACUGGAGCUUUCCACUGGACUCUCAACAAAAUCGUUCGCACCAACACCUCUGCUUUCAAGCUUCUGUUUCUUCACGUUCAAGUCCCUGACGAAGACGGUUUUGAUGAUAUGGAUAGCAUAUUUGCCUCCCCUGAAGAUUUCAGGACGAUGAAGCGUAGAGACAAGAUUAGAGGUCUUCAUCUUUUGGAGUACUUUGUGAACCACUGUCAUGAAAUUGGGGUUGCUUGUGAAGCAUGGAUCAAGAUAGGUGAUGCCAAAGAAGUCAUCUGCCAUGAAGCGAAUCGCAUCCAGCCAGAUUUUCUUGUUCUGGGAAGCAGGGGUCUUGGACCUUUCCAGAGGGUUUUCGUGGGAACUGUGAGUGAAUUUUGUGUGAAGCAUGCUGAUUGCCCUGUGAUUGCAAUCAAGCGCAAUGCGUCUCAGACUCCUCAGGAUCCUGUUGAUGACUGAGUGAUACUACUGCUGCCAGUUGAUCAACAAUCAAUCGAGACAUAUCUUUUGUUCCAUUCAAUGUAAGUUAAUUGAUGUUGCUUUUCCCUGCUUUCCGUUUCUUGUAUCUGAUAUUGCGUUGAGUCUCGACCUGUUUACCGUUCUUCGUAUAUCAGUAUAUUCACAUUUAAGCCAGCUCGAGUGCCUUGUAAAGUAGUAGCAAUAUUUGUGAACAAUAUUCUUGUAUAUCCGUGAAGUAUUAUGUCGUUUUUUCAAUUACUUGAGAGAUCACGUUCUGGUCUCUAUGUUGAUCGAUCAA